AGCAGGCGAGACGGCAGGGCUAGAGAGCCCGUACUGGCCGAGCCGCACGGCCGGAAGUGCCUGGUUUGCGACUGGGCUGGCGCUGCAAACUUCCGGUUCAGGUCUCCUACCUUGAGCUAGCGCACAGACCGCGUCGGAGCAGAGCGGAGCUGAUCAGCAUGAUCACGGACGUGCAGCUCGCCAUCUUCGCCAACAUGCUGGGCGUGUCGCUCUUCCUGCUUGUCGUUCUCUAUCAUUACGUGGCCGUCAACAAUCCCAAGAAGCAGGAAUGAAAGUGGCGCUUUCUCCGCCCCAGGAUUCCAGGACAUAGUCUGAGGCAAGAUGGAGGGUGUGAGGGGCCUUCACACUUCACUUCAUCCCUUCUGCCCAUCACAACAUACAAAGCAACCACACCUGGAUUUUCCCAAACAACUUUUAUUUCCUCAAAGUCUUCCUUAACCCUAUGGAACAAGAAGCUGCCACUGACUAGGGCCCAGUAUAGGGGCUUCUUUCUUUUCUGCUCCCUCCCCUCAAUAUAAAAAUAUAGUUUUCUUUGUGGUCCCAAAA